GGUAUGUGUUGGGCAACUCGUAUGCAUAACAUCCAGAAUAGUAUAUAAGAAUCUUGAAGUUUAAAUGCAGCAUCGUAUUCCGCUCUGCGCAAAAGGGGAAAGGUCUGCUGUCACAAUGUCCGGACCAAGUCCUGUAUUUCUCCUAAUUCUCGGAAUCACUAUUGCGAUGAUCAACAUCGCGAGUACAUCCACGUGGGCUAUCGACCCUUACGGCACGUGCAAAAGUCCAGGAGUCUAUGUCCUCAAGAAAAACGUUUGGAGCACGCACAGGCACGUGUCUGAACAUGGGAGUGAAUUGUACCCAAACACAUGUAUGGAUAGAUUGUGGUCCUCACUGCAUUUGCAAACAUUUCAAGAGUGGACAUCAAGACUUCUGGACUUGUGCGAACAAAGAUACGCAGUGACGAGUUUACGGACCACAGGAAACAAAUAUUUCGACAUGUAAUAAAAUUGCUUUCUUUCAUAAUGAA